UCUUCUUCAAACAAACAAAAUGUCAAUUGGGUCGGGGUUUGAUUUGUCUGUAAUUGCUUAGUUCAUUUGCUGGUGGAAGGGAAAUGGAAGCAAGCCCUUCUCAUUCUUUUGUUUCAUUGUUUUUGGUAGCUAUGUGCUUUUGUUUGGCAGAUUGUUAUGAUCCCUUGGAUCCAAAUGGAAACAUUACGAUUACUUAUGAUAUUCAAACUUGGACAACUCGUGGAUAUGUGGCGAGGGUCACUGUCCAAAACUACUAUCAGUUCCGGCAUGUGGAGAAGCCUGGUUGGAAGCUGGGGUGGACAUGGGUGAGGGGUGAGGUAAUCUGGUCGAUGAGCGGUGCUUUUGCAACCGAGCAGGGGAAUUGCUCGUUGUUCAAGUAUGACACCCCACACUCCUGCGUGGAGAGCCCUAUGAUUCUUGAACUCAUGUCAAAGGCAUCACCAGCAAACAGGUCGGACGGUUGCUGCAACGGUGGUGUUCUUUCUUCUUGGGCUGUUGACCCUUCGAAGUCAUUCUCUUCGUUCGAAAUCACAGUGGGGAGCUCGGAUGAAGAUGGCAAUGAGCAGCACCCGGCCAAUAUUACUCUGAUGGCGCCUGGUCCUGGUUACACUUGCAGCCCAUUUCUGGAUGCUAAUCCAACAGUUUCUUCUGUCAUUGAUGGCAAGAGACAAGUUCAGGUUUUCAGAACAUGGAAAUCAACAUGCACUUACUCCAUGUUUGUGGAUAACAAGACGCCACUCUGCUGUGUUUCACUCUCAACAUUUUACAGUUCCACCAUCACACCUUGCCCAGCAUGCAGCUGUGGAUGCAGAAAAUCAGACAAAAGCUCUGUUCAGUGCAUAAGAGAAGAAUAUCAGUUACCGACAGCAGAUUCUGCCGAUAAUCGUGCCUUGGUACAGUGCUCGGAUCACAUGUGCCCGGUUCGGGUGCAUUGGCAUUUGAAGGCAAACUAUGUCAACCAUUGGAGGGUGAAACUCACAGUUUCCAACUACAACUAUGACAGAAACUACUCAAACUGGAACAUCCUAGUCCAGCAUCCAGGCUUCAACCAACCAACAGAAGCAUUUAGUUUCAAUAGCUCACAACUUCCAUCCUUCAGAUUUGGAGAUGAGUUGGGUCUGUUUUGGGGCAUAGAGUACUACAACACAGAGCUUGUACAAUCCAGUGAAGGCAAUUUGGGGUAUGUGACAACAGAGAUUCUUCUUAAGAAAGAUUUAGAAUCAUUCACAUUAAGAAAUGGUUGGGCCCUUCCAAGAAGAGUUUAUUUCAAUGGAGAUACCUGUGAGAUGCCUCUACCUGACACCUUCCCAAUGCUUCCAAAUGGGAUUUCCAAGCAUAGCUUCUCACUUUCCCUCUUCAUUCUCCUCUUUUUGAACCAUUUGUUUUGGUGAAAACUUGAAGUGUAGUUUGGCAACUUGGCCUGUUGAAAAGUUUUUGAAAUCUGUUUUUUAUGGACCUAGUAAGAAACACGUACGGUGCACGUAGAAUCUUGUAGUUCUAAA